AUGGUGAAGCGUGGUGCAAAACCGAAGAAUCAGAACUUCAACGAUGAAGAUCGAGGUUCUGAGGUUCGUACGAGGUCGAUCACACCAAAUCACGACGAAGCUGAUGAAGUUUUCGCAAAACAUCAACAAUUUCGCAGCUCGGUGAUUCGCGAUGGAGUUAGUUCGACGCUGAUGCCGACGGAAUCGUAUGAUAGCACUCAUUGUCCCUUCUUCCUUCAUUCCGCUGAUCAUUCAGGUUUCCUAGACGGAUCUUUGAUUAGGCCUUCUAUUGAUGAUCGAUACUUCAAGAUCUGGAGUCGUUGUAAUAGCAUGGUGAAAUCAUGGCUUUUGAAUGUGGUUAAUAAGGAGAUCUAUGAUAGCAUUCUUUACUAUGAAGAUGCAGCAGAGAUGUGGGAUGAUUUGUUCAGGCGUUUCAAGGUCAAUAAUCUACCGCGAAAGUAUCAACUUGAACAGGCAGUGAUGACACUCAAGCAAGGUGAUUCAGAUCUAUCUACAUACUUCACCAAGAAGAAGACAUUGUGGGAGCAACUUGCGAACACCAAGUCGUCUCUUGUGAAGAAAUGUAACUGUGAUCAAGUGAAGGAAUUGCUUGAGGAUGCUGAAACAAGUCGAAUUAUCCAGUUCCUUAUGGGAUUGAAUGAUUCAUUCAACAAAAUCUGUGGUCAGAUAUUGAACAUGAAGCCGCCUCCCCUGCUGAAUGAUAUCUACAACAUGCUUGAUCAAGAUGAGAGUCAGAGAUUGAUUGGGAACAACACAAAGGUUAGUCCUGCUCCUGUAGCUUUUCAAAUGCAGUCUGUUACUCCAGAUAAUGGACAGAUCAUGCUAGCUCAGGGAGGCAAUCAAAAGCCGAAGUGUUCUCACUGUCACCGGAUUGGUCACACCGUUGACAAAUGUUACAAGGUCCAUGGGUAUCCACCUGGACAUCCUCAACGUGGGAAGCCUACGAUUGGUCACACCGUUGACAAAUGUUACAAGUGUUCGCAACUCUUGGUCAUCAGGAAUCUCAGGUGA